AUGGCAGAUUCUGAUGAUGAGUAUAUUGGCAGCAUCUCAGAGGACGAAGGCGACGACAAUAUUGUCUCACGGUCACGAGACCCGGGAGGCCUGGCCUCAAAGCGGAGGAGACAGAAGGGUGGAGCGGAGUUUGAGCUUUCGCGAACGUGGGAGACCUUGGUUGAAGGUGCAGAUGGCACGAUCAGCUCGACAGUGGGAGGACUAUUGGAAGCUAGCAAAAGAAAGAGGCUCCUAAAGGACACAACACCGCUCCAACGUGGUAUCAUACGCCAUAUAAUCCUGAUCCUGGACUUAUCACAGUCAAUGAUGGAAAAAGACCUACGGCCGACACGGUAUCUUCUGACUCUACGAUAUGCCCAAGAAUUCGUGAGGGAGUUCUUUGAGCAGAACCCCAUAUCUCAAAUUGGUGUUAUAGGUUUGAGAGAUGGCCUUGCACUACGGAUCAGCGACAUGAGCGGGAAUCCCACAGAGCAUAUUAGCGCAAUACGGGACUUGAGGAGUCAAGAUCCAAAAGGCCUUCCAAGUCUGCAGAAUGGGCUUGAAAUGGCCAGAGGCGCACUAUUUCAUACCCCCAGCCACGGGACUCGUGAAAUACUCAUCGUCUUCGGCUCAUUGCUCUCUUCCGACCCCGGUGACAUCCACCAAACAAUUAUUACACUGAUCGAUGACAAUAUUCGGGUUUCAGUAGUGGGUCUUGCUGCCCAGGUGGCAAUCUGCCGUGAGCUAUGCUCAAAGACAAACGGCGGCGAUGACAUCUACUACGGCGUGGCCCUUAAUGAGCAGCAUUUUCGAGAAUUAGUGAUGGACGUAACAACUCCACCAGCCACAUAUUCCCAAAAACAAUCCACAAGCUCACUUCUGAUGAUGGGAUUCCCAUCACCAAAGUUUGUGGUCUUCCUGCUGAGUGCCCAUCUUGCGGUCUUACUUUGA